CUGUCCGACGUUAGUUGUCAUUUAGCCAAGAGAAACAUGGCGGCUCCCAUGGUUAGGUGGCUGCGGGGAUUGUACGUCUUCUUCUUGACGUGUCUCCUCUCCGUAUCAGCUUUCUUAAAUUUAGAGGAAUUGAACGAAAUGAAAUAUGGAAUUCAGAUUCUAACAGACCCUGUAAUCAUGGGCCAGGCGCAGACCGAGGACGUGAUGCUGGUCAGCAGUAAGUUCAAACAGCGUUACGAGUGUCGCCUGCCAGCCCAGGCCCUCCUUUUCCAACCCCACUCAUCCAGCGAAGCCCCACCUACCGGCGCCGGCAGUUACAAUGGACCGGCCAUCUCUGAGCUCCUGCAGCCAAUGAGCAAUGCUCCCUGCCUCAUUAAGACAAAGGACUGGUGGACUUAUGAGUUCUGCUAUGGAAAGCACAUCAGGCAGUAUCAUCUAGAAGAUUCAGAGAUUAAAGGUGAGGUGCUGUUCCUCGGCUACUACAGCUCAGAGUUUGACUGGACCAACGAGACGGCUAAGGCCUCCAAACAGCACAGGCUGAGGCGCUACCACAGUCAGUCAUACGUAAACGGUUCCAAGUGUGACCUUAACGGCAACCCCAGAGAAACUGAAGUCAGGUUUGCGUGUGAGGAAGGCUCAGUGGACUACAUAACACGGGUGGAUGAGCCUCAGUCGUGUCGCUACGUGGUGACUAUCCACACCGGCCGGCCCUGUUCCCACCCCCUCCUGCGCCCACCCCCCUCCACACGGCCACAGCCAAUCAUCUGCCAGCCUGCCCUCAGCCCUCAGCAGUACAUGGACUAUGUUAAGGCCCAAGUCUCGGACACCAAGCGUAAGGUGGAGCAGAUAUCUGAGGAACUGAAGAACCUUGAUGAGAUCUUGUCUAAAGAUGAGGGAACAAAUGGUGCAUCAGAGAAGACAGACGUGACUGUUGAAUCUACAGACACUCAGGCUACAGAAUCACAACCAGAAGAGAAUAAUGACAUCUUGGAAAGUGUAUCAAAGCCCACCGACCAGCCAGAGGAAGCAGAGCCUCAGCCUGAUGCAGAAGAUGCUGUUCAGUCAGAUCAGCUGCCGGAUAAUGAAGUGUUUGGAGAGGAAAAGUUUAACUUCAGAAUCAUCUCAGAUCCAGCUGACCUGGUGAAGUUUGUGCAGCAUCUACGUGAGACUAGUCACAAGUCAGACAGUGAGGAGGAGGAGGAGGAGGAGGAGGAGCAGCCUGCAGCGAGGGAAAAGACGAAGGAGGACGAGGGGGAUGAGGAUGAACAUCUGCUCCAGGAGUUUGAGGAGGAAAUGGCUGAUCUAUCCAUCCCGGUAGAGAAAAGGAUGGAGAUCAAAGAGGAGAUGCAGAAAGAGUUCAGCAACAUUAUAGAUGAGGCCCAGCAGGAGCUGGAGUCGGAGGGCCUGAAGGGGGAGUUUGACCGCUCCCAGGCCACACACACACUGGAGAACACACUGGACAAGCUCCUGGACCGCCUGCAGGAGAAGGGCGACGAGGAGCACUCACACACUCACACACAGGCCCAGUCAGAGGACAAGGCCGCUCAGAGUGACCAGCAGACAACAGAGAGAGAAAAAAGGCCCGACACAGCCAGCCGUGUUCCUAAACACCCAGUGCGUGGGGAGGUUGCCGAGGGCGACCAGGUGAAAAUCAGGGUGACAAAGUAUAAGCUUGGCUCUGUGGCGGGGGAGGAGGCGGAGCAGGUGAAGGAGUUGGGGGAGAGCGACCCCCAGUGGCAGCAGAUACAGGACGCAGUCAGAGAGCAGCUAGAGAAAGCAGGCAUCAAAGCGCAAGGAAAGAUUGAGGUGAAGAUUCUGACCCGUAAGACGGUGGAAGAGGCAGGAGACCAGUGGCUAAGUGAAGAGGACACCAAGAGCUUCAGGGAACUACUCAUCAAUCUGCUGACGGGCGGCACAGAGGAGGUCUACAAAGAGCAGAAGAGACAGCAGGAACUGGAAGACAAUUACAGAUUUGUGUGGGGUGGGGAACAACCCGACGACAGCCAAUCAGCAACCUCUUCAGAUGGUCAGACAACAGUAGUGACAGACUCGGAUGACUUGGAUCUCUGAUUUCUCUCACUCUCUCGCUGGACUUUUGUGGGGUUCUUUUCCCCCUUCUCAUGAUCCAAGUGACUGCUACCCACCCCCACCCCAAAAUAAAGCUGCCUACUUUUUGUCUCAAUCCUCAGCUCUCUCCAUCUCAAGGUCAACUUUACAGAAGACCACAAUUCACCUGCAUUGAUAUUACCUUAAUGUAUCUCUGUAUUACUUUAGUGUUCAUAGGCACACCUGUCUUCAGUUAGGGUCAGCAAGGCAUCAUGGGAAGUGCAGUUUAUAGGAAUGUUGGUGAAGUAGAGCGCUAAUGCAGCCACCGGAAUUGGCAUCGGGGCUCUUUCCUUCUCUGACACAAAUCGUCAAUAAUUGCACUGUUUUGCCCUUGCUUGCACAUUUUUAUCUGCCGGAAUGUGAAAAGAAAAGUUGAUUCCAGAUUGAAACAUGUUGUCACAUUGUCAAAGGGCUUUUCUAUGUAAAGUUUGUAUAUAAUUCUAGUUUGUUAGUCUGUACAGAAUUGUCUUUGCUUGUUUGUGUGUUUGAGGGGGUUAGUGGCUGAUGCCGGCGCAUAGCUGGGAGCAGUAUGAGCACACUUGCUUGCUUUGGGUGUUUGGGGUCAGGGUGUACAGUGGAAUAAUCAUUUGUACAAUUUUGUAUACCUGGGAAAAACUGUCCUGUCAUUUCAGCUCUGUUGUGAAAUGCUUUAAUUGUAUUUCCUGUACGAUUGUUAUUUAAUAAUAAAUAGAACAUACGAACACAA